AAGACUAUUAUCACCGAUGGAUGCGCUCAACACUCGACCCAAACCACAACCACUCAUAACUGGCCAUUGGAUACACAGACAACACCUGUCGGCCACCGAUCGGAGACAAUCACUACUGAAGACCAGUUAAUGACCGCCGAAGAAGUGGUAAAUGAAAGACAGAUAGAGAUAGACACUGGAAGUGAUGGAUGUGUUGACAACACAAAUAACGAGACAAUGAGUGACGACAAGGAGUCAGUAAUUGAUAAAAAUGGCGAGACUUUAACUAUAGCUGAAGACCAACAGCUGUCCUGUCGAUCACCUGUCGUGUCGUUUGGGUGCGAUUACGAUGGCUGCGACUUUCUGGCCGCCGAACAGUCACUUCUGGACAGUCAUCGCGAGAGUCACGAGAGAUCUGACGGACAAUUUCGCUGCGAUUACGACGGAUGCGAUGGGAGUUAUAACACUGAAAGGGGACUCAAAAUUCACCGCCGUUUGAGUGGACACUAUACGGAAGGCGGGGCCGGCCGUACGAUUCCGGGGCCGCCCUAUGCCUGUCAAUGGCCUGACUGUACGAACACUUCGAGGUCUAUGCGUGAUCUCGAUCGACACGUGGCGGCCAAACACACCGAUGAGCGGCCGUACGGUUGCGACGACUGUCGCAAACGGUACGUCCGGAGCGAUCAACUCGAAGAGCAUCGGCGGCUAAAUCACUCAUCGGAACCGAUGGAAGUGUUAAAAUGCCAUUUCAAAGGCUGUCACUUCGAGACCACCGCAACGAAUACUCUGAGGCAACACUUGGACCGUCACUACAAACUUCUGACCGAAAUCUGCCCGAAGAGCGACUGCGCGAAGAGGUUUAUGAAUAAGGCUCAACUCAAGCGGCAUAUGUCUGUCCACUCGGACGUUAAGCCGUAUCGCUGCCAAUGGCCGGGCUGUGAGUCGUCGUACACGCGGGUCGACGCUCUGACCGAUCAUCACCGCAAACAUACCGGCGAUUUGCAGUACGCGUGCGAUGACUGCUCCAAACGGUUCCCGUCAAAGAACAGUCUCGGAGACCACCGUCGGCGGCAACACCUCUUCCCGGACCGCAAGCGGUUCCGAUGCGAUGUCGUCGGCUGUGCGUACGAAACAAACCACAGAUACGACUUCAAGAUUCACGGACUGAAACACUUAAAUAUCAGACAAUUCGCGUGCGAAGAGAGCGACUGCGGGAAGCGGUUUGUGACGGCGCGGGCGCUUCGGAAACACCAGCUCUGCCACAGCGACGACCGCUCGAAGACCAAAGACUUUCGAUGCGAUUACAAGGGCUGUCGUUACGCCGCCACCAGUGGCGAGGCUCUCACGAAACAUAAGCGAUGGCGACAUGAGAUCGACCGGCGGUUCGUGUGCUCCGUUGCCGACUGCGGGAAGCGUUUCUUUACCCGAAAAGAUCUUAAGCGCCAUACGACAAGUCACAGCACUGAACGGCCGUUUCGGUGCGAUUGGCCCGCAUGUGAGGCCACUUUGAAGUCGCAGAUAGCGUUGGACAGUCACCUGCUUAGACACGGGAAUGUCCGCGAGUUUGUCUGUUCGCACGACGGGUGCGGCAAAAGUUUUGUGACCAAAGGUGAUGUCCGCAUACAUGAGGGCAGUCACGAACUCCCGUACGCUUGUGAGUGGCCGGAGUGUGACCAACGGUUCCGGACAAGGGUUCGCCUCAACACACAUGUGAACGAUCACAACGGGGUUAAGCCAUACAAGUGUUCAAUGGAUGGCUGCGAGAAAUGUUUUGCCAGCAAAAACUAUCUCAACCGACAUCACAGAGAAGUUCAUAAAAUGUUUUCACGUGUGAAGUGA